CGGCUCUGGUGCAGCGCGGCCGCCUCAUGCAGGAGGUGAACCGACAGCUGCAGGGUCACCUAGGCGAGAUCCGCGAGCUCAAGCAGCUCAACCGGCGCCUACAGGCUGAGAACCGCGAGCUGCGCGACCUCUGCUGCUUUCUGGACUCGGAGCGCCAGCGCGGGCGGCGCGCCGCGCGCCAGUGGCAGCUCUUCGGGACCCAAGCAUCCCGGGCUGUGCGCGAGGAUCUGGGCGGUUGUUGGCAGAAGCUGGCCGAGCUGGAGGGCCGCCAGGAAGAGCUGCUGCGGGAGAACCUAGCGCUUAAGGAGCUCUGCCUGGCGCUGGGCGAGGAGUGGGGCCCCCGCGGCGGCCCUGGUGGCGCGGGGGGCUCAGGCGCCGGGCCGACACCAGAGCUCGCCUUGCCCCCCUGUGGACCCCGCGACCUGGGCGAUGGAAGCUCCAGCACCGGCAGUGUGGGCAGUCCUGAUCAGUUGCCCCUGGCUUGCUCUCCAGAUGACUGAGGGCGCAGCUUCCUUCGCGCCGACGCCCGCCCGGAUGGCUACCCAAGCGCCCGGAUUGCGAUGGACCUCGGGACCAGGAAGCCGCCCCGGCUACUCACGAGGGGCCGCUGGCAUGGACUUAGACAUUCUGGCACUGAGGAGGGCCCCUCGCUCUCGCUGGCUGGGCGACAGGGGAACUGGAGGCUGGAGCGGAGGGACUUGCAGGGGGCUGGGUGGGGGCUAAUAAACUGGGACGGAAGC